GAGAAAAGUUUUUUCCUUUUUUUCCCAACCUGUUAAUUUUCAUUUCAUAAUUUUUCUGGUAUUACUUUCCCUAUUUUUUUCUCUAGUAGUCUUUAACUCUUUCAGGAAUUCUUGGUGAAUUUGGGUUCAAUUAGCAUUUUUCUUUGAUGCUUUUUUGGUUGUCUUCUAUUCAGUUUAUGUCUUGGUCUUCCUUACCAUUGUAGUAGUAGCUUUUUAUGAUCAAAAUCUUUUUUUUUUUUUGGCAUUUGCUCAUUUUCCAGUCUAUUGUCUUUGAACUUUAUGGUAAAUUUGGGCUUUGCUCAUCUUGGGGUGUGGAGGAAUUAUACCAGGCUUAAAAGGUUUUUUGUGCUGCUUUUUUUCUGAGAUGACUGGGGUUUGCUAAUUUUGGUGCUUCCAAGGUGGCGUGAUCCUGGGAGAGGUAUAGUCCCUGUUCUCCUGGUCUGCAGUCUGCUCUUUACCUGGGAAGGACCCCUGAUCCUCUGUAACCACAAAUACUUUUCUUUAUUUUGGUAGUUCCCUUGUGACUGAUUCCUAGUACUCCUAGAGGUGUCAGUCAGUGCCAGUUAUACUCAAUGCCUGCAAAGGGUUCUUUGGAAGCCCUUUCUGACUAGCUAUCGGAACCUUUUCUUGUCUUUUAUCUCAGAGCUCCCCAAACUGCAGCCCCUGUUGUCUUUGCCUUUUUUAGGGACCAGGGGCUGGCUUUCACCCAUACUUCUCCUGCCAACUUCUUAAGUUUUCUUAGGCCAGAAAAACCUUCUCAUCUUGAACUUUUGUUGGCUUUGCUGCCUCGUUAUUUGAUUGGAAGUAUUACUUUAAAGUUGUUUGGAGAGGAAUGAUAGGAGAAUUCAGCUGAGUGACUGCCUCUAAUUGGCCAUCUUGGCUGUGCCCCAACUAUAUUUUUAAGUCUUCUUGAAUGACUGUCUUCUCUAGAACUUGACAUUUAUUAUGCAUGGUAGUUCUUUUAAUAAGUGUUUGUUAAAUUAAUGCAAGAUUAUUCCAGAUACGUUUUUUAAACUCUUACCUUUUGUCUUAGAAUUGAUACUAAGUAUUUCAAGUCAGAAGACUGGGUAAGGGCUAGGCAGUUGGGAGUUAAGCAAUUUGCCCGAGAUUACACAGCAGGGAGGUAUCUGAGGCUAGAUUUGAUUUUAGGAUCUCCCAUCUCUAGGGUUGGCUGUCUAUCCAGUGAGUCACCUAGCUGUCCUCAGAUACAUAUUGAUUUUGUUUUUUUAAACUUCAUUUAUUUUUAUUUUCAGUUUAUAGACAUUUUCCAUUAGGUGUUAGGGGAAUAUAAUAGUCAAACUAAAUAAAUUCCCACACUGUCGAUGUCCAAAAUUUUGUGUUCUUAAAUCUAUCAAUUGUCUAUCAGGAAGUGGGUAUCCUAGUUCAUCGUUCCUUUACAGUCUUGGUUAGUGAUUGCAUUGGUCCGUUCUUAGAUCUAUCAGAGCUCUUUGUUUUUGUUAUACAAAUAGUACCAUUGGUUCUGCCCACUUCACUUGUCUUUUCAGAUCUCUGAACCUAUUUCUUCUGUUAUUAUGGUAAAAUAAUAUUCCAUUUUAAACAUCCAACUCUCAUAAUUUAUUUAGUUCUUCCCCAAUUGAUGGGCACCCAGAUUAGUUUCCAAUUCUUUACCAUUACAAAAAGAUUUGCAAUAAAUAUUCUUUGUAUAUAUACAUCCUUUUACUCUUUUAUCUCUUUGGGCACAUCAAUAUUGCUAGGUUAUUGGUCAUGUAAAGUUUAGUGACUUUUGGGACAUAGUUCCAUAUUUCUACCAUGAUUGAACUACUUUUGACAACAACCACCAACAGUAUGUUAAUGAGAUAAUUUUCUCUAGUUUCUCUGGCAUUUGUCACCAUUUUGGGAGUAAUUUUUUAACUUAACAGAUGUCUUCAAUGGAACCAUAACCUUUUUACCACUAGAAGGAGAAAAACAUUUAAAAGUUAAGAAAAGCAAUGUCUAUCAAAUUCAGCUAAGACAUAACAAAGAUGAAGAAUGGGCCUCCCCCACCCAAUUGAGAAGACAAGCAAUAUGUCAAUUAUACAUGUGAAGUCAUGUAAAACAUAUUUCCAUAUUAGCCAUGUUGCUGAAAAGUAAAGUGAAAAAGUAUGCUUCAGCCUUCACUCAGUAUUCAUCAUUUCUCUCUUUGAAGGUGCAUUUCCAUGUUUGCUUUCUGCCCAGAAAAAUGGGAUUCAGAUGGAGUCAUUUACCCUAAGUCUUCCUGGCUUGGAAAAGAAUUGUUGUCCAAGUUGGCCAAAUGGUCUGUGAAAGAUAAGAAGAAUGAAUUUAAAAGCACUCUUUCACUCAUUUCACUUAUGAAAUAUAGCCAGAUUUACCAGGAACUGAAAGAGAAGUACAAAGAAAUGGUUAAGGUAUGGCCUGAAGUGACAGAUCCUGAAAAGUUUGUAUAUGAAGAUGUUGCUAUUGCUACUUAUUUGUUGGUUCUUUGGGAAGAAGAACGAGCUAAGAAGGGAGUAACUGAAAAACAGUCUUUUAUCGACUUAGGUUGUGGCAAUGGACUCCUUGUUCAUAUCUUAAGCAAUGAAGGGCAUCCAGGUAGAGGGAUUGAUGUCCGAAAAAGAAAAAUAUGGAACAUGUAUGGACCACAAACUCAAUUAGAGGAAAGUGCAAUUAGACCAAAUGAUAGUUACCUUUUCCCAGAGGUUGAUUGGUUAAUUGGAAACCAUUCAGAUGAGCUGACUCCAUGGAUACCUGUGAUUGCAGCAAGGUCAUCAUAUAGUUGCUGUUUCUUUGUCCUGCCUUGUUGUUUUUUUGAUUUCACUGGAAAAUAUAGCCGAAGGCAGAGUAAGAAGACCCAGUACAGGGAAUACCUUGAUUUUAUUAAAGAAGUGGGGUUUACCUGUGGAUUCCAUGUUGAGGAAGAUUGCCUUCGAAUCCCAUCAACAAAAAGAGUUUGCCUUAUUGGAAAAUCCAGAACAUAUUCAGCUACCGAAGAAGCUUUAGUUGAUAAGCAGAGAACAGAGUAUAUUGAUAGGAGACAAUACAGUGCCCAGAUUCCCCAUAUCGAAGAUUCUUGUUCCUCUCCAGGAAGCACAGUAGAAACUGAUCAUUGUGAUCAUCAUGUAUCUUUAAACUGUCUCAGGGAUGAACCUUCCAAAGGUCAGUUUCCUGAAAAUGAAAGAAAGGUGCCCCAGGAAAAUGGAAUCUGGAUAAAUGGAUUUCAGCCUAGAGACAAAAUUGAACAAGUUAGGAACUGUGCUUCUCUCCCACGGGAUUUCAUUGAUCACAUAGUUUUGAAAGUUGCUAAUUUGUUGUUGAAUGGGAAGCAGCAGAACCCCAGAAAAGACCCCUGCGGUGGAAGCUCAAAAACCUGGAAUCGAGGAGGAAGCCUUUCUUUGGCAGAAGUAGCAAAUCAGUUAGAUAGAGAGACUCUACAAAGAUUAAAAAGAGAAUGUGGAGGCCUCCAAACCCUGCUGAAGAACAAUCAUCAAGUAUUUGAAGUUGUGAAUGGGAGAGUUUACAUUCGUGACUGGAGAGAAGAAAAGGCAGCAAAGAAAAACCAUCCAGAAGCUAAACGAAGGCUUUCAUCAGAAGCUUUUAAAACACGUCUCUGUUGGUUUUUUAUCCACCAUCCCGAUGGUUGUUCUCUGACCUCUGAAACCUGUUCCUAUGCACAUGGAGUCCAGGAGUUAAGGCAGUCACAGACUUUGAAGAAGAUAAAGCAAAUCCAGUGAUACUACAGCAGUAAGCUGAGUGGCACAGAUUUUGGGGGUGGGCAGGUUGAGUGAAGGCUAUUAUUGCAUGUUAACCUACCUCUCUUUUGACGUUUCUUGUGCCAGAAUAAUUUGUUUAUUUCCUUUCAUCUUUCUCAAGACUCAUCUGGCAGACUGGAAUUUAACCAAUGAUUGUUGUAGAGUUCUAGUUUUUAAAAGCUAAACAAAAUGUUGCUAAUUAUUUUUGACCAUAGCUCAUUUUAUGUUUUAAAAUUUGUGCCAUCCAUUCUGCAUAUUAUUUGUAGCAUACAGUGUAUAUUUUAAAAGAUGUUUAAAAUUAAAUAAUUCUGGUUUGUAUAUAAACUUUGAAUCAGCAAUUCAAGCUAUAAACUUCUUUUAAAAAUUAAAAA